CGUUGCUUAGGGUGCACGCCAUUUGUUAUCUUUUAUCAGUAUGUUGAUGUUGUGCUGUAUUAAAUUGACCAUAGUGUAUUGUUUCAAUUAACCUCAUUACAAUUAAAAUGUUAUUUUUGCAACUCUAAUUCAUAAAUUUUACAUGAGAAAUAUUAUGUAUUUUUAUUUAUUGUUAAAUUAAAAAUGUAUGUGCUUAAAUCGUGUAUAUGGAUUUUUUUAAAGAAAAUACUAUAAACAUUCUGGUUGAAAAAAAUUGGUUAAAAUUCAUAUUAUGAAUAAAGUCUUUGAUAACAAUAACAACUCUGACAGUGAUGACGGAGAUUUUCAUUCUUCGUCAAUUGCCAUCAAUUACAAAACUAGAAAGCGCCUAUCAACAACUGCAGUUUAUACUAUAACCAAUAAUGAAGCUGGCCAUGAAGGUGGUACUUGUACAUGUUGUCGUCAUGAUAUAGUACAACGACUGCCUCAUUUUGUUAAUAAUGAAGUUAAGCAGCAAAAACCAAGACCACACACAUGGACUUUUGGCUCAUCAAAAAAUCGAACAUUUUCUAGCAGUUAUGAACGUGCCAUAUCAUCCCUUUUGUGGCAACCAUACGAAUGCCAAUCAUCAACAAAUUUUUUCAACGAUGAUGGUGAUGUAACUAUUUGGCUUAAUAGUUCUAGACGAAAUGGACCUUUAUCUAGAAGAUCUUCGCUUAGUUUGUCUACCGUUCAAAGGUCGGAAGACUUGUGUUCGUCAUCAGUGUGCUAUCUGUUGGAAGGCAUUGAAGAUGGUACGAUAUCUUGCUGGUGUUCCAUGGAUGACCCAGAUUCUAUUUUAUCGGUUGACUCAACUGGUUGUGGAUUACCACCGCUUGGAUCGCUAUUGCCGCGCCUUCAUCGCCGAAAACAGGACUCGAUUGCUGCUGCGCACUCGCAGUCGAUCCAAACACUGUUGUUGAGUGAUCGCCGUUCGUCGUUAGUUUCAGUGCCGUCACGUACUGCUAUCGGUCCUGGUAGCGUUGGUGUUGGUGUGAGUGUUUGUGAUAGUGAUCGUUGGUGUUGCGAUAACGUCGAAAACGAAGACUAUUACGAGAACGUGAACCGCAAAAAUGUCGGUCGAGUACGUAUCGUGAUGAAUAAUUCGAGCGAUAGCAACACAAUGCACGGCGGAGUUUCUACGUUAGAUACAACACCGAAUCAUUCGUUGGUGUCCGACAUUAAACCGUCAACUCAUGCAGCUGAACGAACGUACGCUUCAACUGAGGCACAGACGGACGAGACGGCCUGUUCAUCUGUCUACAGAGAACAGCGACGUCGUGAGCGACGGGAACGUCGUCAACAACAGCGGCGCGUCCAUCUGCCUGUGCCAGCACAGUCUUUCACACAUGGUACUAUGAUUGUACCAGUCGAUCAUUCAGACAGGCUGCCGGACCUACUGCUCAACUCGCAUCUGCCUCCGCCACUUUACACUACCGUCGGUGGUGGAUGUGAAAUUACCGCCCGAACUAACCUUCAGGCUGCUUUAUUACCCACUUUUCAGCAUCCCAAUCAUCUCCCCAAUGUCGCUGCUGUGCCUACUAUUUCUAAUUCGACCGGUGGUUUUCGGUUACCUUUUGGAUUCAUUCCUUCAAGAAGAAGAAGGUCUUUACACUAUUGUAGCGAAGAAGACACACCUAAGACAUGUUGUGGCCUAUUGACAUUACCCGAUGCUACUAGUACUGUUUCAAUUAGAUGGUUCAUUGGUAUAGUCUUUGUUGCUGGAAUUUGCUCUGCAUUAGUUGGGACUGUACUAGGUGCAACUAGAGCAUCAGGCAAAGAACAUCUGACCGUUGCUCUACUUAUGAUUGGUGUUGGAGUUAUUUUGGUUGCCAUUAGUGGUAUAGCCUGGCGCUUGACAGCAGGGCAAGAAGCAUCAUCAUGUAGCGCUGUCUUUGGAUUGGGUCGAACAUUAGAUGAUACUGUUGAAGCCAACAGGAGAUUUGUUCCAAGGCUACCUCCUUCCUAUGGCCGACCUCAUCAUCCUUAUGCUGCUAUGAUGUAUCCAGAAUUCGAGUAUAGAGCGCCACCGCCAUCAUAUCAAGCGUCCAUGCAAGAAUAUAGGUUAAGACUCUUGUUGUUAGAUAGGCAAACUAGUAGGCCUCCAGUAACAGCUUCCCCUCCGCCAACUUACAGAUCACAACCUAAUACAUUAAUAAGAGGUCAAAAUCCCUGUUGUCGCAACCCAACAGAUUUAUACUUGUAUCAACCUUCAGCACUUUUAACCUCAGCUGAUUUUAGUGGUCCACCAAGUUAUAGAUCCCGUACAAGUACCAUGCGUCCCGGCUGCCAUCUCAUGGAUCCAGUAGGCUCAACAAUAGGCAGUCAUAAUCAUAGCCGAAAUUCAUCACAAUUAAGUGCCAUGUCAGAAGCAGUUGGUGGAGGUGGAUGUGUUAGUUUAGACACAGUUGACAAAUUCCAUAUGGUCGAAGACAUUGUGGUAGUAGAUGAAAAACAUGACUUAAGCAGUCCCCUAACUAUUGUUCAAACUACAACUUCUCAGAUCGAUCAAUUAUCCUCAAACAACGGGCCGGUUAUUGUAACUGUCUCUGGUGCUACCAAUGAUACAGCUGCUAAUGGGAGACAUAGAGAAAAUGAAAUGGAAAUCCUAGCCCAUUUAUAAGUUAUAUUAAAAAUAUGUCCAAUUUUUUUACAAAAUAUCAAAGCGAAAAAUAUUAUUUGCGACUGUGAAUUAAAACAUAUAUUUUUAAAUAAUGAUCUUAUUUUUAAUUUAUUUAGAUUUUAAAAAUAUAAUAUAAUUUUUACUUUUAAAUAUUAUUUAUUUUAUAAAUACUAAAAUAUUUAUGAAAAUAUUAUAAACAUGUGCAAAUUUUUUAAUUUUGAAAUCUUAUAUUAUUUUAAAACUCUUUACAAUCUCUAUUCAUUUCAACAUUGAUGUAUUCCCCUAUUUAUAAAUAACUAUUGUAUAAAUUUAAUAUUUUAGUAUCUCAUUUUAUUCUCCAGUUGAAUAUAGCCUACUAGUGUUAUUGUACUUUACAGUUACCUCGUUUAUUAUAGAAACUAAAUAAAGAACUGAUCUUAUUAAUAUUAUUGCUUAAUAAUUUUAAAAUAAUAAAGUGUAAAAAUAGCACAACUCCAAAGUUGUAAAUAAUGUUAUAAAUUUAAAUGUUAAGAAUAAAUAUUGAAUUUUACAACAGAAAAUUCAAAGAACAAUUGUUGAAUUGCCAUAUGGUAAAA